UUCCAAUGCCUCAAAGAAGGGCUGCCCUUUAGCAUUCUGCUCAGCAGUUCAUCUAGAACUGGACUUCUUCCACCCACCAACAGCUCAUCUUACAGCGCGUGUUUAGCCACAGUUGUUUUAGAUGGAAGACGAUAUCGCAGCACUCGUAAUCGACAAUGGAUCGGGUAUGUGCAAGGCUGGAUUCGCCGGCGAUGAUGCACCACGAGCCGUAUUUCCAUCCAUAGUGGGACGCCCGAGGCAUCAAGGUGUAAUGGUAGGAAUGGGACAAAAAGAUUCUUACGUCGGAGACGAGGCACAAUCGAAAAGAGGUAUAUUAAGUCUUCGAUACCCAAUCGAGCAUGGUAUUGUAACAAACUGGGACGAUAUGGAAAAGAUCUGGCAUCACACAUUCUAUAAUGAACUUCGAAUUGCACCAGAGGAACACCCAGUGCUUCUUACUGAGGCUCCCUUGAACCCCAAAAACAACAGAGAGAAAAUGACGCAAAUCAUGUUCGAAACUUUCAACACUCCAGCUAUGUACGUAAACAUCCAAGCUGUGUUGUCACUGUACGCAUCUGGCCGUACUACUGGUAUUGUCCUCGAUACUGGAGAUGGUGUCACUCAUACCGUGCCUAUCUAUGAAGGUUAUGCUCUUCCUCACGCCAUUCAACGUCUUGACCUGGCUGGCCGUGAUCUCACCGAUUAUAUGAUGAAGAUUCUUACCGAGCGUGGCUACACCUUUACUACUACUGCCGAACGAGAAAUUGUAAGAGACAUCAAGGAAAAACUUUGUUAUGUUGCGCUUGACUUUGAACAAGAACUCGCCAUUGCCAGUUCCUCAUCUUCGCUUGAAAAAAGUUAUGAGCUUCCAGAUGGGCAAGUCAUUACCAUCGGAAACGAGCGCUUCCGCUGUCCCGAGGUUCUCUUCCAACCUAGUUUCGUCGGAAUGGAAUCACCGGGAAUACAUGAGACCACAUACCAGUCUAUCAUGAAGUGUGACGUCGAUAUCAGAAAGGACCUCUAUGCUAACACCGUUCUGUCUGGUGGCACUUCGAUGUUUCCUGGGGUUGCCGAUAGAAUGCAGAAGGAGAUUCAACUAUUGGCGCCAAGCACGAUGAAAAUCAAGAUCAUUGCUCCACCGGAAAGAAAAUAUUCCGUAUGGAUUGGUGGUUCCAUCCUGGCUUCCCUAUCCACCUUCCAACAGCUUUGGAUCUCUAAGCAAGAAUACGAUGAAUCUGGCCCGUCCAUCGUCCAUCGCAAAUGUUUCUAAAUGAAUUAUUUAUUCUAAUCCCAUGUAUAAAUAACAAUAGUAAAUUAAAU